AUGGUCGACCAAAGCACAGAGUACGAUAUCCAAGCCGAGCUGGAGCGCAUCAAUGCAAGCAUUGAGAACUACGCAGUUCAGCUGGACGCCAUCAACGGCGCAAUUCAAACCAUUGAAGAGGAGAACCAAAACGAUGAUGUGUCACGCCAGAUUGUUGAAUACCAGACGAAGUGGGAGAGCAACCCCGCAAGCAUACCAGCGGAGGAUGCGCUAGAUACCAUCACACGACUGGAGAACACACUCAGGAUUGUGAAGCGACGCAACCACCUCCUCACCCGGGAGAACACGACGCAGGAGAGGCUGUUGCAGGAUCGAUCCAAGCUUCUGCUCAGGGAAACGAAGGUGUUCGACGAAAUCCUGAGCAAGACGGGCUGGUAUGAGCAGUACUCAGCAGACUUUGAGGAACAGGCGCAGAAGGCGGACGACAUACGGGAGAUGACACGUCUUGAGGCCACAGUGCAACGUGAGCUGCGCGCCGCACAAUCGAUUAUCAAAAAGAAGGAAGCCGUCGUUCGCGAUCUCGAGAGGCAGGUGGAGACUGGCGGUGAGGUGGAAGCGCUGCUGAACAACGUGUACAAUGACAUCCGUGUGAAGGAGCGUGACUCCCGCGAAGUGGAAAUGAAACUCGCGAGGAUGCGCAAGGACAACGAGAGGAACGAUAAAGCGCUUACUCUCUUCGAGACACAGAAGCAAAACGCCUCCUUGACUUACAUGGAGAACGACCGAGAGUUCCUCAAGGAGGCUGUAGUGCAGAUGAAGGGAGUCUGCCGCCGUCAGGACAACGUCAUCAAGGCACAGAUCACUCGUCAGCAGCAGCUGCAUGCCCGCCUUGACACCAUCAUGAAGUCCCUCCGUGAGAUGAAACUGGAGAAGGAGUACGAACGCAACGUAUCCAAGUCGGCGCUGGUCCCUUCGGCAUCACGCGAGGAGCCAGAGGACGUCUCUAAGAUUCUACCAGAGGGUGAGAAUGUUCCGAUUCACACUUACCGCCUCAUUCACAAGAAUAAUGAGAUGAUGAACACCAACGUAGCCCGGAAGAAUAUGCUGGUGCUAGAGAAGGAGGGUGUCAUUCAAGCUAUGGAGGCAAGCUUGCUCAAAUACGCCAACGCGUUGAACAUGACCUCCAAGCAACAAGAGGAUCUGAAGCUGAACAAGGAUCUUGAGAUGGAUGAGCUCAUGAAAGAGCUUCAAGACCAGCACAAGAAUUACCUGUCUCAGCUUGAGCAGAUCAUGCAGGAAAACAACCAACUCAAGAAGAAAUUAUACCGUGUGGCACCUUCACGUGCCUCAAUCAGAAAUCACUAG